CCUGUAAAAUACUAUCAUCCAUCCUGAGGCACCCUUUAAAAUGAUGGACGGUCCCGAGGCCCCUUUAAAAAAUGAUGGACGGUCCCGAGGCACCCUUUAAAAUGAUGGACGGUCCCGAGGCACCCUUUAAAAUGAUGGACGGUCCCGAGGCACCCUUUAAAAUGAUGGACGGUCCCGAGGCACCCUUUAAAAUGAUGGACAGUCCCAGGGCACCCUUUAAAUUUAUGGACAGUCCCGAGGCACCCUUUAAAUUUAUGGACAGUCCCGAGGCACCCUUUAAAUUUAUGGACAGUCGCGGGGCACCCUUUUAAAUUUAUGGACAGUCGCGGGGCACCCUUUAAAUUUAUGGACAGUCGCGGGGCACCCUUUAAAUUUAUGGACAGUCGCGGGGCACCCUUUAAAUUUAUGGACAGUCGCGGGGCACCCUUUAAAUUUAUGGACAGUCGCGGGGCACCCUUUAAAUUUAUGGACAGUCGC